AUGGGCGUGCGGGUUCGUCACUCGUGCAACCCCGCGGAUCAGUCGACCCCUCUCGCGUCCUGUUCCGGCGACACCGCUCCUGUAGGAGACGACGUCGGCGACUUCGCCGUGGCGUCGUUCGGUGACGCGUCCUGGAACGAAAAUUACCAGAUCCCAGGCUUCGGCGAGCGACUGGUCGAGUACGUCCCCGAUCCGUCUGCCGUCGUCGACUUGACCGGGUCGCUGAAGCACACCAUAUCGAAGAUGACCGCGGGGAAGCUCGCGGACGACGCUCACACGAUCGAGCCGCAGCACUUUGUGACGGAGAACCCCUCGGCGCAUUUCCUCGAAGGCGGCGCCACCGACGGGGGCGAUUUCAACGUCUUCGAGCCGCGCGAGAACGUCGCGGGCGGCAGACUCGUGCGAGCGGAUUGCGACGCCGCAUCGCAGGCGAUUCAUCAAGGCGCGUGCGAUCAACCCGUCGGAGUAUCCGGCAGUUACUACUACAGCAUCAACGGCAUCAUCAUCUACCCGUCCACACUCCCGGGCUUCCUCCAAGUAACGUUCGACGACAUCCGCGGCGACGGCGGCGUCCACGUGGGGCAGUUUUGCGUGUUCAUCGGCCACUGGAUCGAGAACACGAACACGAUAUCCGUGGUGGACGACAAACGAACGGAAACGAGCACCGGGAUCUUCUUCGCGCGAGAGCUCGACGCGUGCGACGCCUUGCCCCCGACCCCGUGGGAGGGCAUCUACGAGGGCCCGCUCACGUACGUCGAGCUCGGGAUUGAGCACCCGCAGUACGCAUCGAGGGACAAAGACACGUGGGGCACGAUGUGGAUCAUGGGCAGCCCCGUGAAGAUCCACCCGGACUUCGAGUUUGACGGUCCCACGGUCGCGGACACGGGCGCGCCGAUCACGGGCAUGAACAUGCAGGACCUCCAGCCGGACCUCACCCCGGUCGCCGAAGCGAACGCCCGCGUUGCCAGCGGUCGACAGCUCGGCAUGUACACGGCCACGGCCAAGGGCGUCGCCGCGGUCGAGCUCGUGGACGGCAAGGAACAGCGCGAGUUGCGAGAAUGCGUCCUCGAGCUCGCGGAGAACGUCGUCAUUCAUCCGGACGUGCUUUGCACCGGCGCCGUCGACGGGUUCGACGAAGGCUGCGCCGAUAUCGACGGCGACACGAUCAGACUCUUCCCGAACGAGGUAGACGCGUCGUUCCAGAUGGUCGCGAUGCCUUCUACUGAUCCCGUCUUCCCCGGCGGAUGGGUCGACGUCGGCGGAGAGCCGUUGACGAUUCCGUUUCAGGAAGCGAUCGCGGAGAGCGGCGACGGCGGCGUCGGCCUCGGCGGAUAUUUCCGCGUGCACCCCACGACCCCCGACGACGGCACCGCGGGGACGUUCUUCAUCGUCUCCGGGGAGACCGCGUACCAGCCCCCCGGGACGGUUAGCGUGGCGCGGUACAACGUCCGAUACGACCCGAACGACGAGAUCCGCGUGGAGCUCCGCGGCAGCUAUCGCCUCCCCGUCGAGUUCACCGAGUUUCCGAACAACCGCAACCCGUUCGUCAAGUUCGUGUUCAAACACAAGAAGCCGAACCGCGCGGCGUACAAACGUCGCCCCGACCUCCGCCUCGUGCACGACGACCGUACGCUCGGGACCCGGAACGCCGUUGACACCGAGAACACCGCGUGGGUCUCCCCUUCGGACUUUUGCAACGGAGGCACGUGCCGAAGCGCGUGCGAAAUUCGCGUGCCGGAAGACCCCAAUAACCCCGGAAACGAGGGCGAAUUCUGCGAUUUCCGCAUCCAGGUGAGGCAAACCGCGCCGGUCAUCCCCGGCUUGGCGGACGUCCAAGCCAACGCGCCCAGCCUCGCGCUGCAGUACCUGAGCAACGUCCUCAAAAUUCGCGUGUUCAUCACGAAUCGCGAGUUGAAGGCGGCGUCGGAGCAGGAAGUGACGCCGACGCGACUCCGGCUCGAGUGAGCGAUCGCCGGUCCGCGAACAUCACACACGAGCCGCGACGACCGCCGUUCGUUCACAUUCAUCACAUUCACGACGACACGCGCGAACGCGUUUAUACGCCCUUCGCAUCGAACUUUCACGUACACGACGACACGCGCGAACGCGUUCAGACGCCCUUCGCUUUGAAGAAAAGAAUUUGAUUCAUC